UUACCUUGGAAUGAUGUGGACCUCUCAUGAUACUGUUGGAUUUGUUUUCUUAACCGGAUUUUGCGUUCAAUUCGGAUUCUCUUUCGAAGGUCGCUUCACGGACCUGCCCUCCAACAUGACCGUCAAAGAGGGUCAAAACAUAGAAAUGGCGUGCGCUUUCCAAAGCGGAACCGCCUCCGUGUAUUUGGAGAUCCAGUGGUGGUUCGUGAAAGCGCCGGAGCCGAGCGACAGCGAGGAGGACAUCGAUGCUCAAGAGAUGGAAAUGAUAUCAGAGCCUGAUCCUGAUGACGAGGGGACGAAAAUAAGUACAGUGAAAGUCCAGGGCAAUGACAUCUCACACAAGCUGCAGAUCUCCAGAGUCAGCAAGAAUGAUGAAGGACUGUACGAGUGCCGGGUGACACGAGCUAACUACGGAGAGAUUGCGGAGUACAAAGCCCAAGCCUGGCUGAAGGUCAACACCACGUCCAGGCCUCAGCGACCACUGCCGCCUCCCGAGAAGAACUCCCUACGGCACCUGAAAAACAAGAAGCCAAAAAAGUCCAGCUCACCGCUGGGCCAGGACAACAUGAGUUCAGACCAGAGGGUGGUCUCAACUUCCACCUCUCACACAUCCUCCAAUACAGCUAAACACAACCCCGGCUCAGGUACAAGAAUAUCAUCCAGCUAUGGACUGGCUGUCCUCCUCGUGGCAUGUGGUUUGGUGAGGAAUGCCUUGUUAUAAUUUGAGGAACUGACAUGGUUUGCGCCCAGAUCUUUCUCUCUCUCUUUCUCUUUCUUUCUGUUUGCUCUCAAAGUGAAUGAGAAAAAAAAAAAAUGCCUGUUUUACUCCCUCCUGUCCCCUCCCGUCCCUUCCUCCCCAACCCUGCCCCACUCUGACCCCAUCCCCAUUUCUUCACCAUAUUGCGGACAGCACAGUUGGCCCCCUCAUGUCCUAGCCACUACAGCUCUUGCACCCAGCACAUUGAUAUUAGCCACUGUAAACACCAGUCACAUUUAAAGCUGUUGGAUUACCUUUUGUACAGACGUCAACCUCACACCACCUGAGGUGCAACGCUUCAAUGUGGCAACUGGACUCUGUAUCUUGUUGGAUAAAUCUCAUGGAAGAAUGACUUUCUUAUGGUUCUGCUGUUCCAGUUCAUGUGUUCAUUGCUCAAAAGUGAACAAAAAAAAAAGGAGAGUCUAUAUUUGUGUAAUUAUAAUUCUAGAUCUGUAUCUAUAUCUGUUUUAUUUGAAGCACCUAGAAUUACUGUAUGUGUUGUAUGCAUAGCUGCCACCCAUCAUAUUGACCAUGGAACUUCAAUGUGAAUAGGCACUCGUAGCCCUCUCAAAGAGAUAAUUUAUAUUCAAGUAUGUGUUAAUUUAGACUGUUACCAUUUACCAACAGGUUAACAAAAGGUUAAAUUUUCCAAUUUUCCUUUCAGCUGUAUCAGCCACCCAAAUUUCCAUUGUGCAUAAUUUUACAUCUUGUUAGUGAUACAUUUGGGAUGUGCAUGCUUAUUUGGUCUGAAGGCUUAGAAGAGAGGAUAAUACAUUAGUUGAACUACAUAAGUCAAACAUUUGGAGUUCAGUGUUACAAUAUGUUGAAUUUAGCUUUAUUUUAAUGUGCUAACUUUGAUGUGAAAGAAAUUUGUCCCUAUGUCAUUUUAAUUUGUAUUGCAUCCUUGGUAGGAAUAAAAAAGGAUGUUACAAUUUAAGAGUCAUUCAAAAUCCUGAUAUGUGACCAUUGGAUGAUUAAUUUUAACUGAUCUGGACCUUUACUAAAUGACAUGCUUCAGAUGCUGUGCACCUCCCUGCUAUAAUUAUAGAGGAUGAAUGAGGCUUUACCCACUUUGGAUGAUGAGGAUAGCUUGUACUAUGUUAAAUCCUAAUGCACACACUGACACACAUUUCCAGGUAGAAGUUUAACUGGCAGGGUGGUGACAUGAGAUCCAGUGAAACAAUGAUGGUAUACUCAUUAUGAGAAAUGUGUUUAUUUUUCUCUUAACCUCACAUUAUUAUAUUUUUUACUUUAUUUUCAGAUGAUAUUCCAUAGAGAGUUUUAUUCAUGCAGAGCAUUUAUUAAAAAUAUAACGCUUUGACAAUCUGACACAAACACAGGCAAAGGAGUGGAGGGCUUCAUAGUGCACACAGCUUUGAUCAUUAGCAUGAUCCAGGAUAACCUCCAAAAGAGAAACUGAUUAUUCUGUUGAUGUUAACUUUUUAGCUGAAAAGGACAAUGUGCACCAAUGUUCCAAUUUAAAGUGAAAUAUUUAUGAAUAGUAGAAUAGCUGAUUUAUGUCUCAAGAGGGAUACUGUAAGUGAAUGUAAUCUACCAUAAAAUAAGCCAGAGAGCACCAAUCACCCUGCAAUGAAAUUAAUAUUUCCCAUAUGAUUUCUUGCUUAGCCCAAGAUGGUCAAACAUAGAAAGCGUGAUUAUAGAAUUCAUCAUUUGUUAUAUGGUAUAAACUGACUUUCAUACAUAACCUUGAAGGAGCGAUAACAUUUCUGGGAAUGCCAUUCUAAAAAUCAGAACUUUACAUCAUCUGAAAUUGAAAUCAAUCUCUUGUUCAAGAUCAUCUUCUCGUGCACUUCUGGACUGAUUUCAGUAUAGGUGCUAUUUUUAGAUCACCCUGUAGAUGUCUUGUCUUAUCCUUGGCUUGUCUCUGCAAUAUGUGCUGAUGUCCUUCAGUUGUGUUAAAACUGUAUUUUCAGUUUCAGGAAAUGGAUGAAGUUACAGGGAGAUAAAUAAGGCAGGUAGUCAGCAAAGAUUGUGUUGUGUGGGUGAAAAAACUCAGUUUUCAAUGCACUCUGUACUGGCACAUGAUGGAACUUCCUGUCAUUGCCUGUGGAUGUUCUCUCUUAGGCACCUCAAAACAAUAUUACAGAAGUUGGCUUUUACAGUCUCGUCCUAACGGACAACAUCAUGCUGCACAUCGUUAUGAAUGUCAAAAAAAAAAAAAAAAAGAUGAGUAUGCUGUUAAUUUCCCAUCUCACCAGAUGUGCUGCCUUUGGGCUUGGAAACUGUGGACUGCUUGAUCAUAGCUGGAGACCCAGAUCCCAAUACCAGCAAUUGGUAAAUGGUAAAUGGACUAGUUCUUAUAUAGCGCUUUUCUACUCUAGCUGACCACUCAAAGUGCUUAUACAACUAAAAACAGAAGCUGAUGUUUGGUCACUGUGCAAGUUUGAGGUCCAUGGUGAAAACGCAGAGCAGACAGUGCAAGUGGUCAGAACAAAAUUUCCAGGGAGUGAUCGUAAAAUAGCAGCUGUGCUGGAAGCUGUCUGGAUAUUCCAGAGAAGAUGAUCUUGAAUGAGAGAUCAGAUGAGUUUAAAUCAGGGUUUUCAAUUCUUAUGGACCUGUUCUUUGAUCACACAUCGUACAGAUAUAUUUUGAAAGGAUUACUGUGCUGUGUGUUAUAUAUAUAUAUAUAAAAAAAAAAAGCUAAAUAUUCACCUCACUUUGAGCUUUCAUUCUGCUUUGCAGUCAAAGUAAAAUAAAAUUGUAUAGAUGCAUUUCCAAAUACCAGUUGUGUGAAAACUUGUUGAUCCCGCUCUGAGCUUCAAAGGCUGACAGAACUUGUCAUGCUUUGGGAUAAGAGCAGAGACAUCUCCUGAUCGGAAGCAUCAAGUCUGGGUACAAGAUGUGCAGGCGAUGGAGGGCAACCCUGUCUAAUCCGUCAAGUUUCAAAUAGCUUCAGUGCAUAUUUAGACAGUUAAUCUAACAUCACUGUCACAUGUAUGCCACUCAAUGGAUUGUUUUGAAAAGAAACAUGCUAUGUAAUAUGAUUUAGUUUGCAAGGGGGGGAAAAAAGCUAUUCCAGUGUAUUGAGAAUGGGAUUUGGAUGUGUGCCAGAGAACUUUUGGGAGAGCAUGCAGAGUCUGAGUGGACAGUGUGUCCAACCCUCAUGUAAAAAGAUGCAGAACUGUACAACUUGUAAAUGAAAUAAUCAGCAUGAUAACAUUUUUUAAAAAUCCAUUUAAAAAGGCAGAGGCCAGUGAUGUUCUGUACUUGUAACAAUGGUGUCAUGUACUCAUAUUCAAGUGUUAACAAGUCCAAAGUGGGUUUUUCAUUUCUUCAAAAUGAAAAUGGGUAAAAUAUAUUUGACAAAAAAAAAGUAUAUAUCUAUCUAUAUAUAUUAGAAACAUCUCCUCUAUAACGCUUUCAUCUUAAUCUAGAGGACUCCCUUUAUUGUGGGUCCUUGCAACAUACUGAAUAACAAAGAAGGAGAGAUCGGAGCAGCGAUUGAUUGGUGAAAAAUGAUGUUUAGUAUGAGUUUUGGGAGAGGCUGAAUUGCUUACACGUAGCAAGGUCUCUAUUACCAAAGAGGAGAACAGUUCACGACGAUGGCUACAGCAGCAGUUCCUUCAUCCAGGGAUGUUAUUUCAGAAACAUCACACAACCAUUUUUCUGUUCUGUCUUAAAUGCCGACUCUUCACCCACUCUAGAUGUAUUUGUUUCUUCUAAUGUAUUUCAUUUCAAUGCGGUCCUGUCUGUUUGUUGAGCUGUCAAAAAUUCUGAUGAAUUACGAUUCUCUUUUCUUUGCUAUUGUGUGAGGCUUCUGUACUGCAACAUUGCAACAGUUUGUAUUAUAAUGACAAUACCAGAAUAAUAUUUAAAUAAACCAUUUUCACAGAUGAAA